GGAACGCGCAACCGCCACAACGGAGCAACCGGCGGCAGCCAAGCCGGGAAAGCGCAAGAAUAUAGGAGCAAUAUGGAUUUUGUCUGCAACUUGGGUGUCCCCUUUUAUUGGAUUUAGGUGCCUGACAGCACCACUGUUGUCAAAGCUGCACGCCAUACCCUUGAGAUCCUUUUCUUUGCACAUGAUAAUGGAGCAGCAAGCAAGUCCAUACCUUUCUGGAAUGGCAGAGAAGAGGGCAUUGGAGGAGGAGGAGGAGGAGGAUGGAACACUUGCUGGAUCCAAGAGAGUAAAAUUGGAGUGGGAAAAUGGGGGAAGCACUGCAGAGGAGGGCUCAGUGGAGGUAAAAGAAGGGGAGGAGGAAGAAGAUGAGGACAGUGAUAGUGAGAGCUUUGCUGACAUGAUGAAGCAUGGCUUGACUGAGAUGGACGUUGGCAUCCUCAAGUAUGUCAGCACACAUGAGGGCUUCUCUGGGAUUCUUAAAGAAAGGUACUCUGAUUUUGUAGUACAUGAGAUCAGCAAGCAGGGCUCAGUGGUGCACCUAGAUGACCUGACUGUUCCAAUGGAUGCUGAGGAUGCCCCUAUUGAUGUGUCGCAAGUUCUGACAGAGGAGCAGAAGCAAGACCUUGAGGAGCUACAGCAGUUCAAGAAUAAGGAAAGCAGUGUCUCAAUUAAGGUCAUUGAAGACACAAAGGAGAAACGCACCCUCUUACAUCAAGCUGUAAAGUCACUGUUUCCGGGGCUUGAGACCAAGACCGAGGAGAGAGAUGGGGGCAAGUACAUUGUGGCAUAUCACGCUGCAGGGAAGAGAGCUCUAGCAGAGGUCAGUGCUGCACCAGCACCAAGGAAGCAUUCAUGGCCCAAGAAUCGAGGAAGUUUUUGUCAUUGUGUCCUGUACAAGGAGAACAAAGACACAAUGGAAGCCAUCAAUUUGCUGUCUAAAUUCCUACGAGUGAAGCCAAACAUAUUCUCCUACAUGGGAACGAAAGACAAAAGAGCCAUUACAGUGCAACAAAUUGCAGUUCUCAAGAUCAGUGCUCAGAGGUUGGCUCAUCUCAACAAAUGCCUGAUAAACUUUCGCCUAGGCAACUUCUCCUACCAGAAGCACCCCCUUAAGUUGGGUGAACUACAGGGUAACCAGUUCACUGUGGUGAUACGGAAUAUUUCUGGAACAGAUGAGCAGGUACAUAAGGCGCUGACUUCCUUGCGAGAUGUAGGGUUCAUCAAUUAUUAUGGCAUGCAGCGCUUUGGGACCACAGCAGUUCCCACCUAUGAGGUGGGUAGAGCCAUCCUGCAGAACAAUUGGAAAGAAGUAAUGGAUUUAAUCUUAAAGCCCCGACCUGGAGCUGAAAAAGGAUACCUAGUGCGCUGCCGGGAGGAGUGGGCUAACUCCCAGGACCCUGAGGCCGCUCUCAAAAAGCUUCCAGUCAAGAGAUGCGUUGAAGGCCAGCUUCUGCGAGGACUUGCCAAGUAUGGCAAGAACAAUAUUGUGACUGCUUUUAGCACAAUUCCCAGAAAUAAUCGCUUAAUGUACAUCCACAGCUAUCAGAGCUAUGUAUGGAACAACAUGGUUAGCCGCAGGAUAGAGGAGUUUGGUUUGAAAGCUGUAGAAGGGGAUUUGGUGCUGCAUGGAGCAACAGCAGUGCCAAUCUCUGCAUCUGAGGCUAACCAGUACUCUAUUCAUGACAUAGUUAUGCCACUACCAGGCUUUGAUGUCAUGUAUCCAACCCAUAAAGUUGGGGCAGCCUACGGAGAGAUGCUGCAGGUAGAUGGUCUGGACAUUGACAACAUGAAACAUAAGAUCCGGGAUUACUCACUAUCAGGAGCUUACCGCAAGGUCCUAAUACGGCCUAAGGAUGUCCACUGGGAAGUGAUUGCAUAUGAUGACCCCAAGAUUCCACUGGUGCAAACAGAUGUGGAAAAGCUUGAAGGGAAGCCACCACCCACAUUUUCUAAUGCAGAUGGCAAAUUCCGGGCUUUGCGUAUGGACUUCUCUUUACCUCCUUCUACGUACGCCACUAUGGCCAUUCGUGAAGUGCUCAAGAUGGAUACUAGUAUCAAGAAGCAGACACAGCUGAACACAAUAUGGUUGCGUUGAUUAAGUAAUGAAAACAUUCCACACUUCAUUGAAUGAGAGAGCACACAAGACAGACUUGCCUGCUGAUAUGAGUCUGUCUGCUAAUCUUUGUGGAGUGCAUGUGGUGGAGCGUGCACUAUUUUGUGUCUCUGAAGAGUAAAUGUAUUUUUAUCUCUGUAUUUACUUGAGUGUGCAUUCAAACAGUGGCCUGUUUAUGUAAGUGCAGCUAAGAGAUUUGUGGCUCAUAUCUGUUAGUUGUGUGUAUGUAUGGAAAGUAUGAGGUUUCAUGUCAAAAGGAGCAUAUCUGAGUGACUGUAUUUGUGCUUGAGGUGGUUGCUCCUUUUGGUGUUCAUAUAUUUGAGGAGCUGCUAUUUGGUCUUGUCUAUAUACUUAAAACCGCAUAUGCCAGUGCCUUAGUAUUGGAAAUUUGGACAUUAAUACCUCAUUGAAGGGCUUUAGCUCUUCACCCAAUCUAGUUCCAGAAUCUAAGCACCUGUACUAAUCACUCAUUCAAAGAUGAAUGCUUUGCAUGAUAUCCACAGUAGAGAUCUUGGGCAGGAGUAAAGUUAUGUUAGCUCUCCAAACAGCAUAUUAAAAUUUAAUGUGAGUAUUGAUGACUAUUAUUCCCUGUUGCAUGAAGAGGUUAUCAGCAAAUGUAAACUGUUUUGGAGCUAUUGAUUAUGAGACAGUGUCAUGCAACACUACUCUGAGCAGGCAGCAAGAAUACAUUGUGAAAAAUAGUCAAAGCCAUCAUGUCCAAUACCUGGUUUCCUGCAUUGUGGCCUUUUACAUUUCUUACACUGUGGAUUUAGUUCCAGACCAGCACAUUCCUUCUGAAGGCUAAUAUAUACAUACUUAGCAUCCCAGUGGUGUAAUAACUAUCUCUCAAGGGAAUGUCUCACUAUCUGUCUAUUAAGGAAUUUUUUGUGUAGAGUAUCAGCACAGAACACUUUAUACAGAAUGUAGAGAAAAGAAAUAUAAAGCCUAACAUGCAAGCAAGGCCUCUUUAAGAAGUAUCUCUUGAAAUAUGGAACUGUUUUGCCAUUUUUACUGGCUGAAAGCUCACCAACUCAAAUUGGUUAUUUUUGAAAGGGACAUGCACAUCCUUGAAUAGAUUUUAUUUCUUAAUUUGUUUAAGAGACAGAGGCAACACAGAUAAGAAAUGCUAACAUAUGAUACUAUAGCUUUUUUUAAUCAAAGAUAGUAAAUGCAGGGGGACGUUUAGGAGAGUCAGCAGUAAUGGAUUAAAAGCAAGAUGUAAAAAAAACCAAAAAAAAAAAAAACCUGAAGAACAAUUGACCAAACCUAGAUGGGAAAUAGUACACAAGUGAGCAAUUUUCAGUAUAUCUGAACUAUACAUAAACUUUUUGGUUAAACUGUGAGUUGGCUCUGGCCCUGAGUGGUUACUAGCUACACUUGUUUGCUCUUUUCUGAGUGGUAACAUUGAAAAUGGUAUAGUUGAACAGAGCUAAAUCAACUACAGUAAGAAAAAGAUUAAUUCACCUGUAGCAAAUUCCAUAUAAGUUAACAUUAAAAUGUUUAUUUUUUAUUUCAAGAAGAGAAAAAGUACAAGGAACAAAAUUAGUAAUUCUUGCACAGCAGCAGACAAUCACAUGCCACCCUGUCUGGCACCACGGUGCUAGCUGGUCACCAUCUCUUGCAGGAUGAAAUCUGUGACAGCAUUGCAUAGUUUAUUGCAUGUUGUCUAGGCAGACCUGACAAGGUUGUUGUAAGUAAUAAGCAUAGUUAACAUUUGGGAAUGCAAAUUUACAGAAAGCAAGCUAUUAUAAACUGUGGUUUAAACUAUGACAUAAAGUAAAUGCACAUACAACCAAAUAGAGAAAAAUAUACAUAUUUUUAUUUUCUGAGGAAACUUCAAAUUACUGACAGUUUUUUCUGCCUUCUGUGAGCAUUGCUGGGGGAAAACCUUACCACCAUUUACUAGCCAUACUUGAUUGAGUGUCAGAAAUUAUCUUUCACAUCUAUUUCAUCUGCUGGCGUUAUAUGUUGCAGAAGGACAGUGGACAACUCUUUGACAGACCAAGUAGUAAAUAAACAAGCACAAAAAAGAAAGAAAUGUGCAAUGUCAGUUUGCAGACAAUCUGCUUUGCUUGGUAUGGAGUGUAACCUAUGCGGUAAGUUGACAGGACCUCGGGGUUGGCUUUUGUUUCUUACUGGCUUUUUCCUGAAUAGUUCAAUGUUGUCUUGUAAAGAAAAAAGUGAGUUUUAGAUAAUGAUGAGUGUUUUGUCCCUAAGAAGAUAAAGAUCAGAUCCUUCUGUAGUGCUCUAGUCAAUUAAAAACUAUCUUUGGACUUUUUUGGUCCAUUGAUUACAAUUCUGUAGGCCCUUCUAAAUAAAUUUAACAUAAAACAUAAAAUUACUGUUUCUGGAGUGUUCAAUCCCUUUGCUGUAAUACAUCUAAAUAGAUCUGGAUGAUGCCAGAUGUCUUUUAGAAGUCAAAUAAGUAAAUGAAUAGAGUGCACCUGUGUCAACAGAAAGCUUCUCAUUGGCUCAAUUUCAAUAAACAUGGAUGGGAGAACUACUAACAAAAAUAUGACCAAGCAACAUUCAUAACAAAUCUAUAAGAAACUUAUUUAAAAGGCACACAAAGACAAGUGCAUAAAAAAUUCAAAGAACUAACAACAUAGCUAUGUCUAUUGUAAAGAAAUGGCACAUCCGUGACCAUAAAUAAAACAGAAUGUUUGGCAAAACUGAGUAUCUGGUUGAGAAUUGUGCUAGUCGUUAUCCUGUGGCAACUCUAAAAAGAACAAAUAAUUGGUAACCAGACUUGACUAGGGACUAUGUAAAUUACAGAAAUAAAUAACAUUAUCAUUAUUGUACUGGUUACAGAAAUAUAUUAGACAAAAUACAAAUAGCACAGCAUGUUGCCACAGUAAUAACAUAAUUUGCACAGAUCAGUCAUGGCAGUCAUGGUUCUUUGCUUAGAAAUAGGAAACAGAUUAUUGACUCAGUUUUUCGUUACGUUGAAAACUUCAUUUGUAAUAAAUGCAGCUAUUAAUUUUAGAAUUCAAAUCAAUUGUUUGUUUACAUUAAUUUAUUGUUAUAUAUGUGUUUAAUGUGUUUCUGAAGAAUGUUUAAACUGUGUUAUUGCCAACCUUGUAAUUACUCCUAAUUUUUCCAAAUUCUUUCUACCUCAAAAAAAAAACAAAAUAGAGACAUGGGCCAUUAUAUAUAGGGAAGUAAAUUUUAAUAAUGUUUAGAUGUACAUCCAACAAAAAUUCUAUUUUGUUUACUGAUCAUAUUGAUAACUACCAUACAGUACAGCUUAUUCUAGAUUGUAGUGUUUUAACAGACUUGCAUAUCCUGAAUGCUGUUUUUAAUAUACCUUUGCGAAAUUCUUGUCAAUGAGCUUUUAAAUGCACACAGCGCAUUAAAAUUCAUGUCAGUCAA